AUGCGAGAUGUUGGUCGUUUCUUCGACGAGGAUUGGUCCAGCUGCUGCGCUAGAGAAGAGGAAGUCCUGACGAGAUUCGGUCAGAGUGUACCCAUUCUGGUUGCUACUGUCUCCCACGCUGUUCCUGCUCCAUUUUUUGCUCCUGCCACCACCCCCGUUCCUUCUCCAUCGUCCACGCUCCUCACGCCCGUCCUGCUCCGUCGAGCCGUCAUUUGCUUGUCCACACUACAGCGUGAACUUCGAGGUCACUGGUGUGACCUCAAGGAACGCGAGCUUAAGCUGCUCGAGGGUCGCGCACUUGACCUAUGCGCGAACCUCUGCCAUGCGAAUUUCAUCACCGACAGUCACAACGAGGCGAAGGAGCUCGCCAGCCACCCAAUCGCGUAUAUCAACACCUUUGGCUCGAUGUGGUCACCGAUAAUUCGCUAUUUGAGCUGCGUCAACACCCUUGGUGUCUGCGAUGGUAACGUCGUCGCCUACACCUCGUUCCCUUUCAUUGAUACCAACUACUGCGACAUAUUCUUCGACCAAGCCCCCAGUACCAACCUCUGCUUACUCGACCCCGUCGCUUCUCACAACAUACGCGGUGGAACUACCCUCCGCGAGCUUACCCGCGCAUUUGUCAGCACCGUCGACGACACCUCCGGUUGCGCUGCUGACCAGGCUCUCUCUGAUGCCAAAAAAUACAGGAACGCUGACAACUACAACUCCUUCACCACUCAAGCCUACGUUGAAGAUGUCUGCAUAGCCCACUAA